GCUCAUCCGCUUCACAAUGUCGUUGGUACUCAACAUCGUUGUUGGGCUUUUUGCCCUCUACGUCCUCAAGUCGUUGCUCGCGCCAAAAAGGGCCUCAGCGCCUCUUCCACCGGGUCCAUCGCCUAAGCCCAUCAUCGGCAAUCUCCAGGAUCUUCCACCUCCGGGCUCCAAAGACUGGGAGCAUUGGGCCUCGCACAAGGACCUAUAUGGCCCGAUCAGCUCGGUCACGGUCUUUGGACAGACUAUUGUCAUUCUCAACGAGCCUGAAGUAGCCCUCGAACUGUUGGAAAAGAGAUCCGCCUUACAUUCCUCCCGUCCCCAACUACCCAUCGCAGAACUGUCCGGAUGGGACAAAACACUAGGUCUCCUACCAUACUCGAACCGUUUCCGCGCCUAUCGCAAAGCCGCAUCCAGGGAACUAGGAUCCGCCACGGUCGUGGAAAAUUUCAAUGACAUAGUGGAUAAGGAAGUGCAUCGGUUUCUAUUCCGGGUUCUCGAGUCACCAAGCAAACUGGUCGACCAUCUACGAAAGGAGGCCGGUGCCAUCAUCCUCCGCAUCGGAUAUGGAUACACCGUUGAACCACAUGGACGAGACCCCCUCAUCGAUCUAGUCGACCAGUCCAUGGACGAUUUCUCACGAGUUGUUCUCCCAGGCGCCUGGCUCGUCAACUUUAUCCCUUUUUUGAAAUACCUCCCCACGUGGUUCCCAGGCGGUAAACCCAACCAAACCGCCCAGGAAUUCAAAGACCGCGUGAUCAUCAUGCACGAUAAGACAUACGAGUUUGUGCAACGCCAAAUGGCCGAAGGAAUCCACCAACCCUCAUACGUCUCCAAUUUGCUCGAAAAGGGACCCGUGCAGCCAGGCUCUGAAGAGGAGCUCGUGAUCAAAUGGUCCGCCGGUGCCUUGUACGGCGGCGGCGCCGAUACAACCGUCUCCGCCCUCUCCUGCUUCUUCAUCGCCAUGGCGCUCUACCCCGACGUUCAAAAAAAAGCCCAAGAGGAAAUCGACCGCGUCGUAGGAUCCACCCGACUCCCUAAUUUCCACGACCGCCCCAGCCUCCCAUACAUCGAAGCCGUCAUGCAAGAAGUCUUCAGAUGGCAUCCCGUCACGCCCCUCAGUGUAGCUCACGCCUCUAGCAAGGAUGAUAUCUACAAGGGGUACAUGAUCCCUAAGGGCGCGAUCCUGGUCCCUAACGUUUGGUCCUUCACCCACGACCCAACCCGCUACCCCAACCCCUCAACCUUCAAUCCUGAUCGGUUCCUCGGCCCGAACCCCCAACAAGAUCCGCGGUUAUAUGCCUUUGGCUUCGGUCGGCGCAUCUGUCCGGGACAACUCCUCGCCGAGAAGAAUAUCUAUUUGACAAUUGCGAGGGCCAUUGCGGUGCUAGAUGUGGGGAAGGUGGUGAGAGAUGGAAAGGAGGUGCCGAUUAAAGUGGAUUUCACUCCUGUUACUAUCAGUCAUCCGGUGGCGUUUGAGGUGGAUUUGAAGGUGAGGAGUAGUGAGCAUGAGGGGUUGGUGAGGGAUGUGGAGAGGGUGUGGCCGUGGGAGGGGAGUCAUAAGGAAGAGUUGAGGAUUUGAGGGUAAGGUUGAGUAGUAGUGAGGUGUUGAUGAACAUUCUGUUGAAAGUAUCCAAUUUGAUCAACGAGGUAUUUUCCGGCUAGGAUGAAAACUGCAAAGAUGGAUUCCCCAAGUGAUCGACUUUGCUCCACAAAAUCCAACUAUAAACCGUAGGUACCCGACCAUCUACUUCGCCAUAAACCCAUCAAUAAACCUAACCACCAGCUCCGCCAACCCCUCCGCCCGACUCACAAACGGCAUAUGUCCA